AUGUCGCUCUUACAUGCUAUUCGCAAUGACGUUAAGCCCGUCACAUCGUCUACUCUACCCCGCGAGUUAGACUUAAGCCCCCCAGCCGAAUAUGUCCCAGACACACAGGUCUCCGUAGCCAACCUAGCGCCUAGAGUUGGGCAGCCCGUCUUUGAACGGGCGCUGCCUAGUCGGACGACCAAAUCCCGUCGAGUGGUCAUUACUACAUUGCUUAUUCUGGCUAACGUUGUACAGAUGACAGUCAAUUUUGCAGGUAUUGCCGGAGGAAGCGCCUUGAGUGAAUCAUUGGGUGUUAACGACACCUAUGCCUCGUGGAUUGCUGCUAGCUAUGCUCUAACCCAAGGUACCUUUGUAUUGGUUAGUGGUCGAUUGGGAGAUGUCUAUGGCCACCGAGAACUUGUCUUGGCCGGGGGUGCCUGGCUCACCAUGUGUACUCUAGUCAACGCCUUUUGUAACAACUUCUUCGCCUUUGUGACCAUGCGGGCUUUAGCUGGUCUCGGAGGUGCGCUCAUCAUGCCUAACGCGGUGGCUAUGAUAUCCAGUACGAAUCCCCCCGGUCGCGUGCGAAAUCUCAGUCUAGGUCUCUUUGGUGCGUCGGCCCCGGUUGGAGGAUAUUUCGGGGCCUUGUUCUUGGGCGCCUUUUUACAGCAGACAGAAUGGAAGUGGUUUUUCAUCUUCAUUGCUUGUCUUGGGGUUAUCACAUUCACUCCUCUGUGGGCUUUGAGUCCGCGAGAACCACCGGUCGAUCGGCAUGGAAAGAUCGACUGUAUUGGAUCGGCUCUUGGGACAAGUUCGUUGAUCCUGUUUAGCUUUGUUUGGAAUCAAGCACCAAGUGUCGGUUGGUCAACCCCCUAUGAGAUUGUUCUCUUAAUCAGCUCAAUCGUCUUAUUCGGGGGCUUCUUGCUUUGGGAAAAGAAGUACGCCGCAGAGCCCAUUAUGCCACUCGACAUCUUCACAGCCCCAUCCUUCCUCAUGUUGCUCUUUGUCGUGCUUCUCAAUUACAUGGCCGUAGGGACCUUGAUCUGGUACCAGGUCCUAUGGCUCCAAAAGGUUUGGCACUGGUCCCCCCUCCAAUUUGCCGUGGGCUGGACCCCGUUUGUGAUCUGCGCCACGGGCGCUGCCUGUCUCGCUGCGUGGAUGAUCCCGCGAAUGGCCGCACAAUGGAUCAUGGCGAUUGGAACCGUCACGAUUUUGAUCUCCAAUGUGCUCAUGGCGACCGUGCCCAUCCACCAAUCCUACUGGCCGCAGAUCUUCCCGUCCGUGAUCCUGUUCUCAUUUUGUCCGGACUUUGUGUACACGGCUGGCCAGAUCAUUGCUAGUAACUCCGUCCGUCGAAAUCAGCAGGGAAUUGCCGGGUCAGUCAUUGGCACCUUGAAUCUCUACGGGAACAGUCUGGGACUGGGGUUUGCAUCCACUAUCGAGGUGCAAAUUGCCCGCCGCUCGGGCAGCCAAAUAAUAGGGUAUCGAGCGGCACUUUUCUUCGGGGUUGCCAUCAGUGCCAUCGCGCUUAUACUUGACGUCUGCUUUGUCCGACUGGUCAAGGAUGAUCGGGAAGGCUGGCAUGAGGAUGACCACAUGGAGGAAAUUGAGCUGACAGAGCAGGCCGAAGCCACUGGUGUCCAUGUAAUGUAA